AUGCAAAGAGGCAAACAAAUCGGAUUAUGGGAGGAAAAGGAACUUGAUUCUAAAGCUUAUACGAAAUCGCCCCAUGAGCGCCUUUUGGCACCCGGUACAUUGCUCGAACAGUCCGGAACGCAAAAUGCCAUAGAACUUGGCGAUCGAAAAAUCGUCCGUCGGCACACAGAUCAUGUGCGUUCGCGCCCGGUCGAGGGGGUCACUGUUGAAGACUCAAACGAGAGUUGGAAAAUCAGGAAGAAGCGCACGGUGACACUACACAAGGCCUGCCCGGUUGUGAUGAGCCGAUUGCGGUCCGUAAGCCCGUACGUUUACCAAAACCGAUUGACCGUUUUGUUCCCGGGUAAUGACCAAAGCUGGAUUGCGGGAGAUGUUGCAUACCUGUCUGCGGCUUAA